AUGCAGAUGAAUCGUGUAUCGUUCAUCCUUUUUGUUUUCGCCAUUAGUCUUACGAUGAUGAGUAAAACAGCCUUAUCUGAAACAGUUUCUGUGUGGAUCAGAAACCUUAUGCAUAACGGAAACGAUCUCAUAGUUCAUUGCAAAAGCACGGAAAAAGACAUGGGAUACCACAUGGUGCAUUCUACAGGAUCUUACCACGUGCUUUACAAAGAUUCCGAUUAUUCCGUCACCCCAACAUGGUGUCACCUAUGGCAAGGACCUAACUUCAAGCAUCACCAAGUUUUUGAUAUUUACGAUGGCGAAGUUUGGGAAGCUAGAGAAGAUGGAAUCUACAUGAUAGAUGGUCGCUCUCGUCGCUCUGGGUCUGAGUUCACGUAUGGUUGGGAUGUUCCUUUAACCUUAUCAAAGGCUUCCUCCUUAAGAUCCACAUAUAUGAUCUCUUUAAGCUUGUUAGUCUCUUCCUUGUUUUUAUUUUAUUUUAGUAUCUAG